UGUAGAAAUCAAACGAGAACUGGUGUAACCACGAGACAGUACAUACAACACAAUGACCGCCAACUCACAGAGGAGCGGUGCGGCAGUGGAUUCAGAAUGAAUUUUCUUUACUAUUUUGAGCCCGAAAGUGAUGAUUAUUAACUGCUGUCCUACUCUCAGAUUCAGGAUGACAAGUUCAUGAUUACAAACCUAUCGGCCACUUUGUGGCACGCCAGCACAGAGAUGUUUACGAUGCGAGACCCUUCCCCGCCCGUACUACUUCCAGAGGUGCUAGCUAGCGCUGGUACUUUACAUGCUUGGGCGAGCAAAACAUAUCUGAGAGCUCUGAAGGGAAAUGGAAGUACAAUAUGUGUCUCGUCUUUAGGUCAAUCGUGGCUCUUAGGUAGAUGUACCAAUGACUGUGUGGGGACACCAGCCCAAAGCUGGAAUGAUAACAGUGUAUCAAGCCACAUCAUGGCGCAACAUCGACACCACGUUACCAAAGCAUUCCCCCUGAUCAACACAAAGGACGUUUGUCGCUCGGUCUUGGUAUGUGGUCGCAAUGGAGAGCCCCGCUUGGAAUCUCGCUUUCUAUUGGCUGUCCGCCAAGCGAUAAAGAAAUUAGUACAUGCAAAUUUGAUCCCCUGAAAGUCUAGAGCUUGCGAGUGCCCAAAAAGGGGCUUUCUGAGCUGAUACAUCGAGCACACCUCUAGAACCAUUAAGAAUCUUGCAUAUA